ACGUGACUUAACGCUGUAACUUUAAUUAAUAACUUGAGUGCAAUUAUUGCUUGAUCCGUGAAAUAUGAAAAUGGUAACGUCAUAAUCUGGCCUGAAAUGGAACUGGGAUCAAGGGCCACCAGUUUCGUACAGUUGUUGUAUCAAAUAGUAGCGGUUGCUUGCUGCGCUAUAGAAACGUGUGUUUGUCCUGGAGACACGUCUUACGUGAGCAAUAUUUUGUUAACCUUUGACAGCUUGGUGUCAGUAUACGAACGCAAGUGGUUGGCUGGUGUAAAUUCAGAAGUUGAACGAGAAAGUUUGGUACUGAUUAACUGUACCAAGCAGGGUCUGACAGUCUUCUUUCCAGCCGUUGUGGACUUCGUCGAGAUGACUCAGAUUCAAGUAGUUGUCGUUGUAUUUCUUUUGGCUUUUGCCGGAUGUUUCACUUCACCAGCACCGCGUAGCGACGAGGCUCUUCAGUACUAUUACUUCAUGCAGCAUCCUCCCAGCGUGGAGUUGAUGCUUGGCGAUAAGCGGUCGAACGGAAUGUUGGACUUCGGGCUGGCGCGCGGCAUGUCGGGCGUGGACGCUGCCAAGGCGCGUCUCGGUCUCAAGUACGCCAACGAUCCCUAUGGCCCCGGUCGGAGGUAGAUCUUUGAUUAGAAGCCAAUUGCUUGCAGCAGGCAACACCCCACCAGGAAAAUUUACUUCCCACGGACCUGAAUAAUGUACUACACGUUUAUUAAUUAUCCUGUACCCAUUACGAUUAUUAGUAUCACCUCUGUUAACUAGUAAAAACCUCCUUGUUAACGGGCUAUAGCCUGACGCCAUCUGGUGCACGCUUCCAAGAAAAGCACACGAUCGUUAUGAAAGACGCUAGUGCACCGAAAGCUGACGUGAGUCAGGCGUUUGGCCAUCGUCCUACAUUUUGGUCCCGAGAAAGAAUGCACGUAGAAAUUGUUAAAGGAACAAACGAAAUCGGGCGACGGUUGCGGAGGAUUUGGUCAACGCCCAAGUAGAUUAAACUGUCGACAAACAAGAGACACAAAGUCGAAACAAAUCAAUACUCACCCCACAAGUAGAGAACUUUUACGAUAACGAUUGUUAGCACGUCGUUGGAACUUGAAAUGGGUAGGUGGGGUGGUAAUCAGUUAAGCUAAACAAUAGUAAAGAGGCUGGCUGAUACACAGGCAGAAUCGUGUACAGACACGGGUACAGGCGCGGUUAUGAAGACAUCAACUGUUGGAGAAGAGACAUGCAGAUUAAAGGACAAAUACUGGCUGUUGAAGAACACUACAAGAAACAUAUAUAGACUGAGGAGCAAAGAUCCAAGGACCUCCGAUAAUGUUAAUGAACAACAUCCACAAGAAAGGAUUACAUAUCGAUCAGCGAGACUUUACGGCAUGUUGUCAUAGCGACCCGAUAACAUAUGCUCAUCUACGUUAGGUAACAGCAAUAUAAUUUCAAGAUGCGCUGACAGCACCCGAAACCUCAGAUAGACCUUUAGUGACCUGCCCAUACCAGAAUGUAACCCCUGAAGUCAUAUAUCGAUCUAUUGUACUUGUCCCGCACAGGAUCUGGUUACAAUCUACUGUAUUACGAUACUAUUUUAUCAGAUAGCUACCGGCGCAUCAGGCAAAAUGCUACCGACCAAUUUGCUAAUGAUUGGUAUUUAUAAACAAGAUUCUCUAGCAUUCACUAGAAGUAAGAGACCGCAGAUCGAAUGCAGUUUCUAGGGGAUAGGUGGACACUUGCGCAGUGAGAGACCUUGCUCACCAGCAGUAAUACUAUUGAUAUCUCCAGAUAAUAGGUAUACAGACUGUCGAAAAUCGCGAGUCCAAGAGGCAUAUCCCUGUGAAAACUUUUUUGUCGCUGACGAACAUAGCUGAUGUGUUGGAAUUAGCUGAAGAAUUGCUGAAUGUGUAGCCGUCAUAAGCGAGCCAAACACAACCAGCCGACCAAUAGAUAGACAACAAAUAUCUACAACGCAACAUGUUCGGUGCAGAUAGUUAACAGAUAAGUACAGAAAGAAACCAAACGAAAAUGAUGUCAUCAGCGGCUGUUUAUGACGAUACACGCAAAAACGAAGAACAAACGAAAUGAUGUGGGAAAAUGGAAGGGAUGUCAUUUGCUGCGUUUCGUUAGACGGAGCAUGGUAGGGAUGUCAAACAAUACACGCUCCACAAAGGCUAUAAAAGCAGCAAAAAGACAGGAAGCUAAGGAUUUGCUUCAGAACACUACACGAUGGAAAAUCAGAAACAGUUGACAUAACCAAAACUGCAACGACGGGAAAAGAUAGAAAGAUAACAAAGAGAUUGUGUAAUUUAUAUAAAUAGCAACCAACAUUUACUAUAGAACGAUACAAGCGAAACAAAAAAAAAUAGCAGAUGAAAAAAUCCGAG